AUGAAGAUGCAUUCUGUGAUUUCCUGCUCUUCCGCCUGCCAGCAGAUGAAGUGGCCAGAGUUUGAGCUGCCAUCGUUGACUGAGCACGACCGUGGAGGAACUUUGGACAUUGAUGAGUUCAAGGAGGUUCGCAGUCCAGAAGUCAAGAGGAUUCAAGAGGCUUCCAAGCCAUCCUGGCCACCCUCGCAUCGUGACGAGCCCUGCACCACCCCCUUGGCCUAUCCUUGGCAGUUGAUGGACCUAUUGCUGCUUCGAGAAGGGUUCACUGCCAGCGAGUACGAGGAGUUCGUCGGCAUCUUUGAGCGCCAUGACCGUGACGAGACCGCGGAGCUGGACAGCAAGGAAUUCCAGACCAUCCUCAAUUGGCUGGGCUUCUGCUGGCCUGCUGAGAGGACGCAGAAGGUGCUGGCCCAGGUGGACCAUGAGGACAACGGCAAGCUGAACCAGCGCCAGUACCUGCAGUGCAUGCGGCGCGUGCGCGAGUCGGAGCUCGAGCUCCUCCAGAAGCUGAUCAAGGAGAACGAUGCAGACCACUCGGGGACAAUCAACAUGAUGGAGGUGGUGCCCGUAUUGAAGGACUUGGGCUACGAGAUGUGGGACAUCUCGGCCAUCCACGAGGCUGCAGAGGAAUGUGGUGUGGCCACCAUCGAGAUGGAUCUGAGUGCAAUGUGGCGGCUCCUGCUCACGUACCGCCAGCGAGAGGGCUUCUGCAAUGUGGACCUCGACCAAGUCGAUGCAUCCUUCAGCAAGCAAGACAAGGAGCUCACCGGCCAGCUCCCUGCACUCGAGGAGGGGAGCCUGUAA